AUGUUUGUUGUAUCCCCAAAUAUUUAUACCGUAUACUGUAUACUGUAUACUGUAUAUAUUUAUAUACAGGAAACUGAAGACAUUAAAUUUGCGGAUGGAAGAGAUAUAGCAGGGCUGAGGAGAGAAGAAUCGUAUAAAUAUUUGGGGAUACAACAAACAUACGAGAUAAAGCAGAAAGAAAACAAAAAUAAUGUGGAACAGGAACUCAUCAGGAGAAAAAUUAUCAGUAUCAGAAGAACGAUAGGCACGAUACAUACUUACCUGAAUAACAGCCAACCGACAAAGAAAAUAUGCAAGAAAGUAUUGCGCAUAGCCUCAGAACAUCACAUAAAGGGCCGCAAGGAGAAUCUAUGGCAGCAUCUUGUAAUACUAAGCGAUACUCUGAAACAGAAAAUUAAGGCAUUAGGAAAUCGCAUAAGGCGAUAUGACGAACGGGUUAGGAGAUACCGAAAUAACCAACUCUACUACAAGAAUACCAAGCAAUUGUACCGCACACUGGAUGGGACAACAACGGACAAUAAAACUAACCCAACGCCAGAAAGAAUGCAUGCAACAUGGAAAGAGAUAUGGGGCCAUGCAGGAGAUCACGAUGACGAGGCCUUUUGGAUCAGGGAAGCGGAAACUGAAUCGCAUAAAUAUACCAUGGAACAAGUUAUCAUAACUAAGGAAGACAUAAAAACAGUACUCAAAAAAACAAACAACUGGUCUGCACCAGGAACAGAUGGUAUACAUAACUACUGGUGGAAGUAUUUUAACUCGACACACGACAGCCUGGCGAAGCUUUUUCAGGAAGCCCUAAAGAACCCAUCAAUUAUACCUGAUUCCUGCACACUUGGCGUCACCUACAUGCUCCCCAAAGGAACUGAUAAUGGAGACCCUAGAAACUACCGACCAAUAACGUGCCGACGAUAUACAAAAUACUAA